CUGGGAGGGGAGCGGCCCUGGGGCCGCUAGGCGCUACCCGCAAUGGAGGCCGUGCCCCGGAUGCCCAUGAUCUGGCUGGACCUGAAGGAGGCCGGUGAUUUUCAUUUCCAGUCUGCGGUGAAGAAGUUUGUCCUGAAGAAUUAUGGAGAGAACCCAGAAGCCUACAGUGAGGAAUUAAAGAAGCUGGAGUUACUCAGACAGAAUGCUAUUCGUGUUGCCCGGGACUUUGAGGGCUGCAGUGUCCUUCGAAAGUACCUUGGCCAGCUACACUACCUACAGAGUCGGGUACCAAUGGGCUCAGGCCAGGAGGCUGCUGUUGCUGUCACCUGGACUGAGAUCUUCUCGGGCAAGUCUGUGGCCCAUGAAGACAUCAAGUACGAGCAGGCCUGUAUUCUCUACAACCUCGGUGCACUGCACUCCAUGCUGGGGGCUAUGGACAAGCGGGUAUCUGAGGAGGGCAUGAAAGUCUCCUGCACCCACUUCCAGUGCGCAGCAGGUGCCUUUGCCUACUUGCGUGAGCACUUCCCACAGGCCUUCAGUGUGGACAUGAGUCGCCAGAUCCUCACCCUGAAUGUCAACCUCAUGCUGGGCCAGGCUCAGGAGUGCCUUCUGGAGAAGUCCAUGCUGGACAACCGGAAGAGCUUUCUGGUGGCCCGCAUCAGUGCACAGGUGGUAGAUUACUAUAAGGAGGCCUGCCGGGCCUUGGAAACCCCUGAGACUGCUUCCCUGUUGGGCCGCAUCCAGAAAGACUGGAAGAAACUUGUCCAAAUGAAGAUCUACUACUUUGCAGCUGUGGCUCAUCUGCACAUGGGGAAGCAGGCUGAGGAGCAGCAGAAGUGUGGGGAACGGGUGGCUUACUUCCAGAGUGCCCUGGACAAGCUUAAUGAAGCCAUCAAGUUGGCCAAGGGCCAGCCUGACACCGUGCAAGAUGCACUGCGCUUUGCUAUGGAUGUCAUUGGGGGAAAAUAUAAUUCUGCCAAGAAGGACAAUGACUUUAUCUACCAUGAGGCUGUGCCAGCACUGGAUACCCUUCAGCCUGUGAAAGGAGCCCCCUUGGUGAAGCCCUUGCCAGUAAACCCCACAGACCCAGCUGUUACAGGUCCUGAUAUCUUUGCCAAGUUGGUACCCAUGGCUGCCCACGAGGCUUCAUCACUGUACAGUGAGGAGAAGGCCAAGCUGCUUCGGGAAAUGCUGGCCAAGAUUGAAGAUAAGAAUGAGGUCCUAGAUCAGUUCAUGGACUCCAUGCAGCUUGACCCUGAGACGGUAGAUAACUUGGAUGCCUACAACCACAUCCCACCCCAGCUCAUGGAGAAGUGUGCAGCACUCAGUGUCCGGCCUGACACUGUCAAGAACCUUGUCCAGUCUAUGCAGGUGCUGUCAGGGGUGUUCACGGAUGUGGAGGCCUCCCUGAAGGACAUCAGGGAUCUGCUGGAAGAAGAUGAGCUGCAAGAGCAGAAACUGCAGGAGACCCUAGGCCAGGCUGGGGCUGGCCCUGGCCCCAGCCCCUCUGUUGCCAAGGCUGAGCUCACAGAGGUGAGGAGAGAAUGGGCCAAGUACAUGGAAGUGCAUGAAAAGGCUUCCUUCACCAACAGUGAGCUGCAUCGUGCUAUGAAUCUGCAUGUGGGUAACUUGCGCCUGCUCAGUGGACCACUGGACCAGGUGCGGGCUGCCCUACCCACACCAGCCCUCACCCAAGAGGACAAGGCCGUGCUGCAAAACCUAAAGCGCAUCCUAGCCAAGGUGCAGGAGAUGCGGGACCAGCGUGUAUCCCUGGAACAGCAGCUCCGAGAGCUGAUCCAGAAGGAUGACAUCACUGCCUCCCUGGUCACCACUGACCACUCAGAGAUGAAGAAACUGUUUGAGGAACAACUGAAGAAGUAUGACCAACUGAAAGUGUACCUGGAGCAGAACCUGGCCGCCCAGGACAAUGUCCUCCGUGCACUGACUGAGGCCAAUGUGCAGUACGCAGCUGUGCGGCGGGUGCUUAGUGAACUGGACCAAAAGUGGAACUCCACAUUACAGACCCUGGUAGCAUCCUAUGAAGCCUAUGAGGACCUGAUGAAGAAGUCCCAGGAAGGCAAGGACUUUUAUGCAGACUUGGAAAGCAAGGUAGCCACCCUGCUGGAACGGGCACAGUCCAUCUGUCGUGACCAAGAGGCCGCUCGCCAGCAGCUUCUGGACAGAGAGCUGAAGAAGAAGGCACCACCACCUCGGCCUACAGCCCCAAAGCCAUUGCUGUCCCGCCGAGAGGAGGGGGAGGCAGUGGAGGCUGGAGACCCGCCUGAGGAGCUCCGCAGCUUGCCCCCUGACAUGAUGGUCGGCCCACGGCUGCCUGACCCAUUCCUAGGAUCUCCUGCCCCUCUCCACUUUCCUCCUGGCCCCUUCCCUAGUUCCACAGGCCCAGCCACCCACUAUCUCUCAGGACCCUUACCCCCUGGAACUUACUCAGGCCCCACUCAGCUGAUGCAGCCUAGGGCUGCAGUGCCCAUGGCACCUGCAACGGUCCUCUACCCAGCCCCUGCCUAUACAUCAGAGCUGGGCCUUGUACCCAGGUCCUCUCCUCAGCACGGAGUUGUAAGCAGUCCCUAUGCAGGGGCAGGGCCACCCCAGCCAGUCGUCGGUCUUCCCUCUGCUCCACCUCCCCAGUUCUCAGGACCUGAGUUAGCCAUGGCAGUCCGGCCAGCUACCACCACAGUAGAUAGUGUCCAAGCCCCUAUCUCUAGCCACACAGCACCACAGCCAAACCCUACCCCGGCUCUUCCCCAGCCCUGCUUUCCAGUGCCUCAGCCUGUACCCCAAUCUGUUCCCCAACCGCAGCCUCUGCCCACACCCUAUACUUACUCUAUAGGGACCAAGCAGCACCUCACAGGCCCUCUGCCACAGCAUCACUUUCCUCCUGGGAUCCCCACAGGCUUUCCAGCUCCCAGAAUUGGGCCCCAGCCACAGCCACAGCCCCAGCCACAGCCACAGCCACAACCCCAGCCUCAGCCUCAGCCACAGCUCCAGCCCCAGCAUCAUCCCCAGCCACAGCUCCAGCCCCAGCAUCAUCCCCAGCUACAGCCACAGCCACAGCCACAGCCACAGCCUCAGCCUCAGCCUCAGCCUCAGCCUCAGCCUCAGCCUCAGCCUCACCCUCAGCGGCCAGCAUUUGGGCCACAACCCACACAACAGCCCCUUCCAUUCCAGCAUCCACAUCUCUUCCCAUCUCAGGCCCCAGGGGUUCUUCCACCACCACCCCCCUACCAUUUUACUCCUCAGCCUGGUGUCUUGGGACAGCCACCACCCACCCUGCAUACCCAGAUCUAUCCAGGCCCAUCUCAAGACCCUCUACCCCCACACUCAGGGGCUCUGCCUUUCCCCAACCCUGGGCCUCCUCAUCCUCACCCCACUCUGGCAUAUGGCCCUGCCCCUUCUCCUAGGCCCCUUGGUCCUCAGGCAACCCCUGUUUCCAUUCGAGGGCCCCCACCAGUCAGGCAGCCCGCCCCUAGUCCCCACUUGGUGCCUUCACCUGCCCCAUCGCCAGGGCCUGGUCCAGUACCUUCAAGACCCCCAACAGCAGAGCCACCACCAUGUUUGCGCAGAGGUGCUGCAGCUGCAGACCUACUGUCUUCUAGCCCUGAGAGCCAGCAUGGAGGCACUCAGCCUCCUGGGGGCGGGCAGCCCUUGCUGCAGCCUACCAAGGUAGAUGCAGCUGAGGGCCGUCGGCCACAGGCCCUGCGGCUAAUCGAGCAGGACCCCUAUGAACAUCCUGAGAGGCUGCAGCAGUUGCGGCAGGAGCUGGAGACCUUUCGGGGGCAGCUGGGGGAUGCAGGGGCACUGGACACCAUCUGGAGAGAGUUGCAGGAGGCACAGGAGCAGGAUGCCCGAGGCCGCUCUAUUGCCAUUGCCCGCUGUUACUCCCUGAAGAACCGGCACCAGGAUGUCAUGCCAUAUGACAAUAACCGUGUGGUCUUGCGCUCAGGCAAAGAUGACUACAUCAAUGCUAGCUGUGUGGAGGGCCUCUCGCCAUACUGUCCACCCUUAGUGGCCACCCAGGCUCCGCUGCCUGGCACAGCUGCAGAUUUCUGGCUCAUGGUUCAUGAACAGAAAGUGUCAGUCAUUGUCAUGCUGGUGUCUGAGGCUGAGAUGGAAAAGCAAAAGGUGGCACGCUACUUCCCCACUGAGAGGGGCCAGCCCAUGGUGCACGGAGCCCUGAGCGUGGCCCUGAGCAGUAUCCGUACUACCGAUACCCAUGUGGAGCGAGUGCUGAGUCUGCAGUUCCGGGACCAGAGCCUCAAGCGCUCUCUUGUGCACCUCCAUUUCCCUACUUGGCCUGAGUUAGGCCUGCCAGACAGCCCCAGCAACCUGCUGCGCUUCAUCCAGGAGGUGCAUGCACAUUAUUUGCACCAGCGACCCCUGCACACACCUAUUGUUGUACACUGCAGCUCUGGGGUGGGCCGCACUGGAGCCUUUGCGUUGCUCUAUGCAGCAGUGCAGGAGGUCGAGGCUGGGAAUGGGAUCCCCGAGCUGCCUCAGCUGGUGAGGCGGAUGCGGCAGCAAAGGAAACACAUGCUGCAGGAAAAACUCCACCUCAAGUUCUGCCAUGAGGCGUUGGUGAGACAUGUGGAGCAGGUCCUCCAGCGCCAUGGUGUGCCUCCUCCUGGCAAGCCUGUGGCCAGCAUGAGCAUCAGCCAGAAGAACCACCUUCCUCAGGACUCCCAGGAUCUGGUCCUUGGUGGAGACGUGCCCAUCAGCUCCAUUCAGGCUACCAUUGCCAAGCUCAGCAUCCGGCCUCUAGGUGGCUUGGACUCCCCAGCUCCCAGCCUUCCAGGCCUUGUGGAACCCCCAGGUCUCCCAGCAGCCAGCCUUCCAGAGCCUACCCCUGUCCCACCUUCCUCGCCUCCUCCCCUCUCUUCGCCUUUGCCUGAAGCCCCCCAGCCAGAGGAGGAGCCGUCAGUGCCUGAAGCCCCCAGCUUAGGGCCCCCCUCAUCAUCCCUGGAGCUGUUGGCCUCUCUGACUCCAGAAGCAUUUUCACUGGACAACUCUUUACGAGGAAAGCAGCGGAUGAGCAAGCAGAACUUUCUGCAGGCCCACAACGGGCAGGGUCUAAGGGCUGCCCAACCUACAGAUGAUCCCCUCAGCCUCCUGGAUCCACUCUGGACACUUAACAAGACCUGAAAAGGCUUUGUCUAUCUGGUCCUUACACUACACCCCCCAUCCCUGCUGCCUUCCGCUCUACCAGAUGGAGAUGCACUGCAGGCCUCAAGUCAGGCUCUGCUCCUUUGUGGAACCUGACAUUUUUCCAGCCCUGGGCUACUGAAAUAAUAAACUUAUUCUGUGGCCAGUG